UAGCAACGAUCACGCUGUUCUACCUCGGACAAGCCCUCCUCCGCCUUUCUCGACCACCAAUCCCCCCUGCCGUCACCUCGGUCGCAAGAAAGUGGUUCGCAAUGGCUGCCAACCAGAGAAUCGCCAUUGUGUCGGUCUACGACAAGACCGGCCUUCUCGACCUGGCCAAGGGCCUCGUCCAGCACAAUGUCCGCAUCCUCGCCUCUGGCGGUACCGCCAAGAUGAUCAGGGAGUCUGGCUUCCCUGUCGAGGAUAUCUCGGCCAUCACCAAGGCCCCCGAGAUGCUGGGUGGUCGCGUCAAGACCCUUCACCCUGCUGUCCACGCCGGUAUCCUCGCCCGCGAGCUCGCUUCGGACGAGAAGGACCUCGCUGAGCAGAACAUUGAGAAGGUUGACUAUGUCAUCUGCAACCUCUACCCCUUCAAGGAUACCGUGGCCAAGAUCAACGUCACCGUCCCUGAGGCCGUUGAGGAAAUCGAUAUUGGCGGUGUUACUCUUAUCCGCGCCGCUGCCAAGAACCACGCUCGUGUUACCAUCCUGAGCGACCCCAACGACUACGCCGAGUUCCUCAAGGAGCUCGAGUCUGGCGAGAUCAAGGACUCCAGCCGUCAACUCUAUGCCCUCAAGGCCUUCGAGCACACCGCCGACUACGAUGCUGCCAUUUCCGAUUUCUUCCGCAAGCAGUAUGCUGGCCAUGGCCUCCAGUACCUUCCCCUUCGCUACGGUGCCAACCCUCACCAGAAGCCUGCUGCUGCCUACGUUAAGGAGGGCAAGCUUCCCUUCACCGUUGUCAAUGGUGCCCCCGGCUACAUCAACCUUCUCGAUGCUUUCAACGCCUGGCCCCUUGUCAAGGAGCUCAAGAAGGCUCUCGGGAAGCCCGCCGCUGCCAGCUUCAAGCACGUCUCUCCCGCCGGUGCUGCUAUUGGCCUUGAGUUGACCGCCGAUGAGCGCAAGGUCUACAUGGUCGAUGAUAUCCCGGGUAUCGAGACCUCUGGCCUUGCCCAGGCCUACGCCCGCGCCCGCGGUGCUGAUCGCAUGAGCAGCUUCGGCGACAUGAUUGCUCUUAGCGACGUUGUCGAUGUUCCUACCGCUACCAUCAUUAGCAAGGAGGUUUCGGAUGGUGUCAUCGCGCCCGGCUUCGAGCCCGCCGCCGCUGAGAUCCUCAAGAAGAAGAAGGGUGGCCGUUACCUCAUGCUCCAGGUUGACCCUGAGUUUGAGCCCAGCAAGAGCGAGACUCGCACUGUCUUUGGUAUCACCCUCGCCCAGGGCCGCAACGACGUCGAGAUCUCCCCUGAGACCUUCUCUAACAUCAUCACCCCCAAGGAUGGCACUCUCCCCGAGAACGCGCAGCGCGAUCUCACCAUCGCCACCAUUGCCGCCAAGUACACCCAGAGCAACUCAGUCUGCUACGCUGCUAGAGGCCAGGUAGUCGGUUUGGGUGCCGGUCAGCAGUCCAGAAUCCACUGCACUCGCCUUGCUGGCGACAAGGCUGACAACUGGUGGUUGCGCUUCAACCCCCGCGUCAUUGGCAUCAAGUGGAAGAAGGGUGCCAAGCGCCCCGACAAGAGCAAUGCCAUCGACCUUCUCGUCAGCGGUCAGCUCCCUAAGGAUGGUCCUGAGCGCGAGUCGUUCGAGGCUCUCUUCGAGGAGGUGCCCGCUGCCUUCACCGAGCAGGAGAAGAACGAAUGGCUGUCCAAGCUCACUGAUGUCUGCGUCUCUUCUGACGCUUUCUUCCCCUUCGUUGACAAUGUCUAUCGCGCCGCGCGCUCCGGCGUCAAGUACAUUGCCGCCCCCAGUGGCAGCCAGAACGACAGUCCUGUCUUCGAGACCGCCGAGAAGCUUGGCAUUACCUUCGUCGAGCAGAACACUCGUCUGUUCCACCACUAAAGUCGCCAAACUUUUCCAAACCUAAAUACCUUGAAACACUUCGUAACAGAAGAUGGAUGGUUAUGAUUGAUACCCUUCUCGCAUAAAUCAACUUUGCGAUUUUUUCUUUGAGUUUACAAAAAAUGGCGAAAUGUACUUAUGACGACCACUACUUUGAGAGAGUGGUUGUUUACGGGAUGGUAUACAGGACUGGAUGGAACGGCUGGCUAUGUUUGCUCUUUUUAAAUGGGGAUCC